AUGAAAAGGUUACCAUGCUGCACAACUGCCGAUGACCCGGCUUACGUCUGCUGCAACCCUUAUCACUGGAGUUUAUUGUUAAAAACAGGUGAUGAUCAGGAUGAUCACGAUGAUGAUGAUGAUGACGGCGAUGAUGAUGUCUUAAUUACACAAGGACCUCAAACGACCCUCUUCCACCAUGAUGUUAUCUUCAAAUUUUUGCAAGGUUUUUUUUUUUUUUUUUUGUUCCCUUUUCUUUCUUUCUUUUUUUGUUCCCUUUUCUUUCUUUCUUUUUUGUUCCCUUUUCUUUCUUUCUUUUUUGUUCCCUUUUCUUUCUUUCUUUUUUUGUUCCCUUUUCUUUCUUUCUUUUUUUGUUCCCUUUUCUUUCUUUUUUUGUUCCCUUUUCUUUCUUUUUUGUUCCCUUUUCUUUCUUUUUUGUUCCCUUUUCUUUCUUUUUUUGUUCCCUUUUCUUUCUUUUUUGUUCCCUUUUCUUUCUUUUUUGUUCCCUUUUUUUGUUCCCUUUUUCUUUUGUUCCCUUUUUCUUUUUUCCCCUUUUUCUUUUUUCCCCCUUUUUCUUUUUUCCCCUUUUUCUUUUUUCCCCCUUUUUUUUUUUUCCCCCUUUUUUUUUUUUUUUCCUUUUUUUUUUUUUUUCCCUUUUCUUUUUUUUUUCCCCUUUUUCUUUUUUUUCCCUUUUUUUUUUUUUUUUUUUUUUUUUUUGUUUCCUUUCUUUUCUUUUUUUUUUUUUUUUUUUUUUUUCCAAACCUGUGGAUCACUGAAGGCAAAGAGGGAAAGAAACGUUUGUUGGCGGUCGCUGGAGACACUGAGUCUCGCUUCGGCAUUGAUUGCAUUCACCAACAUCAUCACUCCAGCCUCCUCCCCUCCUACUUUCCGCCCCGCCACACACAAACACACUGUACAUUUUUUCCUUCCUCAUAUUCUUUUUUUUAUCUUUUCUUUUUUUUUUUUUUAACACAACACGCUUUUCUCUCUCUCUCCUUCUCUUUGUUUUUUUCUCUCUCUCUCUCCUUCUCUUUGUUUUUUUUUCUCUCUCUCUCCUUCUCUUUGUUUUUUCUCUCUCUCUCCUUCUCUUUUUUUUUUUCUCUCUCCUUCUCUUUGUUUUUUUUCUCUCUCUCCUUCUCUUUGUUUUUUUUCUCUCUCUCCUUCUCUUUGUUUUUUUUCUCUCUCUCCUUCUCUUUGUUUUUUUUCUCUCCUCUCUGUUUUUUCUCUCUCCUUCUCUUUGUUUUUUGUUUCUCUCUCCUUCUCUUUGUUUUUUGUUUCUCUCUCUCUCUUCUUUGUUUUUUGUUUCUCUCUCUCUCUCUUCUUUGUUUUUUGUUUCUCUCUCUCUCUCUUCUUUGUUUUUUGUUUCUCUCUCUCUCUCUUCUUUGUUUUUUAAAACAAAUUAGUUCCUUCUCUCUCUCUCUCUCUCUCCUUCUCACUCUCUCUCGCCUCCUUCUCUCUCUCUCAGAAAACACAAAACGUAUUCAAGUUGUUUUUUGUCUUCCCAUUCCUCAUUUAAAUAUCUUCAAGGAAUUACCAAUUUUGCCCAGACUACAACUGGAGCCGCGCAGAGCCGAGUGCACCCCCGGCGCACUAUUUACAGACGCCCGACCGACGCCACAAUUGAUUAAACAAUUUGGCCUUCCUCUUUUCCCUACCCACCACGCCUCCAACCAUCACCGACACAAUCCUUCGAACUCUUGCCUCCACACACUACCUACUCCCUGUUACAGACACCCCCGGUCCCUCCACACUUACACACCCACCGACCUGCUCUAUUCCGGCCUUCUCUAUAUUUGUGCUUUUCUAAUCACGCUCUCUCUCUGUGCCGUUCUUAAUCUCUCUCUCUCUGUGCCGUUCUUAAUCUCUCUCUCUCUCUGUGCCGUUCUUAAUCUCUCUCUCUCUCUGUGCCGUUCUUAA